AAUCACUCAAGAAAAAAUUCAUACCAGGUAUAAAGAAUUACUUAUUAUUAUCAAAUGAAUGCAACGUGCAAGAUGAAAAUUACAAUUAAAAAAGUUACUUUAUACACGAAAAAUAUCCGUCAGACCAAGGACCAUACACUGGAAGGGUUCCAAAGCGUGUCAAUACAAUUUUCCAGGAUUUAAAUACCGCUCCAGAACGCCUUUAUAACAACGGCGCUUGGGCUAUGGAUACGCAUUAACCACGAACUACCCUCUCAUACUAAAUCUGGCACUGUCAAUGAUCUGAAUGAUCGUGUAUGGACAUGGACCCAUUACACAAUAUAUUAUACGGUCGUCACUCGUCGGUCGAGCAUUCAAGUUAUAUAAUAGAAUAAUUAAUAUUAUAUCGAAGUACAACAAUCACAGAAUAGAUUAAAUGCAACAAUACCAAUCACCAAUACUGGUUAUUUUCGGGUUCAGAUGGACUUCCCCAAACAAAAUCUCCGGCUACCACUAUCAUAAUAUACUCCGAUUGAUAUCCCGUAUUUCGUUCAUACGUAUUACAUGUUUUCGUUGUUUCGCUCUUCGUUCGUUGUUCGUCACGGGACAUAGUCACUCCGUUCUCCGUAGUCCCUAGUCCGUACUCUUCACUCGUCAUAUUCUCGUCUCCAACGGACAUAUUGCAUAACAUAAAGACGAAUUGUUUAUUUUGUAAUAUCAUCUCAUUCACCAUUUACAGUAAACAAUAAACAUGCGUGAAUGUAUCUCUGUGCACGUUGGCCAAGCAGGAGUUCAAAUUGGUAAUGCUUGCUGGGAACUGUAUUGCUUAGAACAUGGCAUUCAACCUGAUGGUCAAAUGCCAUCUGAUAAAACCAAUGGCGAUGACAGUUUCAAUACGUUUUUUAGUGAAACUGGUUAUGGUAAACAUGUUCCAAGAGCUGUAUUUGUUGAUUUGGAACCCACCGUUGUUGAUGAAGUACGAACAGGCACGUAUAAACAACUUUUUCAUCCUGAACAAUUGAUAACGGGUAAAGAAGAUGCAGCUAACAAUUAUGCUCGUGGUCAUUAUACUAUUGGCAAGGAAAUUGUUGACAUUGUGCUUGAUCGUAUUCGAAAGCUUGCUGACCAAUGUACUGGUCUCCAAGGAUUUUUAAUAUUUCAUUCAUUUGGAGGAGGGACUGGUUCUGGUUUUGCAUCAUUACUCAUGGAACGUUUAAGUGUUGAUUAUGGCAAAAAGAGUAAACUUGAAUUUGCCAUUUAUCCUGCACCACAAGUAUCCACGGCAGUAGUAGAACCAUACAAUUCAAUUUUAACUACUCAUACAACUCUUGAACAUUCUGAUUGUGCUUUCAUGGUAGAUAAUGAAGCAAUUUAUGAUAUUUGUCGUAGGAACUUGGAUAUAGAACGCCCUUCUUAUACCAAUUUAAAUCGUCUCAUUGGACAAAUAGUAUCAUCAAUCACAGCUUCACUACGAUUUGAUGGUGCCUUAAAUGUUGAUUUAACGGAAUUCCAAACUAACUUAGUGCCAUAUCCAAGAAUACAUUUUCCUUUAGUUACUUACGCACCGGUCAUAUCAGCUGAAAAAGCAUAUCAUGAACAAUUGUCCGUUGGUGAAAUCACUAAUGCUUGUUUUGAACCUGCCAAUCAGAUGGUUAAAUGUGAUCCUCGUCAUGGAAAAUAUAUGGCUUGUUGUAUGCUGUACAGAGGUGAUGUAGUGCCAAAAGAUGUAAAUGCUGCGAUUGCUGCGAUAAAAACAAAACGUUCAAUACAAUUUGUGGACUGGUGUCCAACUGGAUUUAAAGUAGGCAUCAAUUAUCAACCACCAACAGUAGUACCAGGAGGUGAUUUAGCUAAAGUACAGCGGGCUGUUUGUAUGUUAUCUAAUACUACAGCUAUUGCUGAAGCAUGGGCUCGUUUGGAUCAUAAGUUUGAUUUGAUGUAUGCUAAAAGGGCCUUUGUUCAUUGGUAUGUUGGUGAAGGGAUGGAGGAAGGAGAAUUUUCAGAAGCUAGAGAAGAUUUAGCAGCUUUAGAAAAAGAUUACGAAGAAGUGGGCUUAGAUUCGGUUGAAGGCCAAUUUGAUGAAGGAGGUGAAGAUUUUUAAAUCUAAAGAAAAGAACUGUUUUAUUUUACUGCUUGUGAAUAAUAACUGUAUUAACUAUUAUUAUUUAA